AUGAGUGUUCCCGGAGCUGCUCUGUCCGAAAAACACGAUGGCGGUUCACAGUCUGAGGAAGCAGAACGCAGCGAGAUCGAGAGGACGGGAGAGUCGUUUGCUCAUUUGAACGAGAAGGCAAUUCUCCGCAAGGUAGGUGGUAACAUUGGCAAUGCCAAAAUUGAAGGCCUUCAGGAAGAUCUUGGCUUGACGGAUGACCAAUACAACUGGUGUCUCACAGCCUUUUUUUUCACCUAUGCCGCAUUCGAGGUUCCCAGCAACCUGAUGCUCAAAAAGAUCAGGCCUUCUAUCUGGUUGCCAGCCAUCAUGGUUGCGUGGGGCGUGGUGAUGACCUUGAUGGGCAUCGUGCACAACUUUACCGGACUCUUGACAGCUCGCAUCUUUCUGGGCGUUACCGAGGCUGGUCUGUUUCCUGGCGUUGCUUACUACCUCACAAACUGGUACAAGCGUGAGGAGAUGCAGUUGAGACAAGCCAUGUUCUUCAGUGCAGCUUCCAUCGCCGGCGCAUUCAGUGGACUUUUGGCAUUUGCCAUUGGGAAGAUGGAUGGUGUUGGGGGGCUGCAUGGCUGGCAGUGGAUUUUUAUUCUUGAGGCAAGAGGAACGAUCACGCUAUGGUGGCCCAGGCCGAUGAUUUCAAGUGGAAAUAUGUCAGACAGGCAUUUUUGGAUUGGCAGAUUUGGGUCAACAUCUUUGUUUACUGGGGGGUAUGUUGCCCCUGAACCCCUGGAUUUCUCCGGUGCUAACACUUCCAAGAUUGUCUGCCCGCUCUAUGGCAUCAGCUUAUUCUUGCCAACCAUCAUUCAAGCCCGUUCAUCAUUGUUCCAUUACUUAUUAUGGUUGUUGGGUUUUCCAUGUGAGUUUCCAUCUGCUUUGGGAGACAACAAGGUAACUGACCAGAUUAGGUGCAUCGCGUCUGGAAACCCGCGUGUGGUGUAUGGCGGAGUGUUUAUCGCAGCUUGUGCCAUCUACCCAGCUUUUCCAGGCGUCAUUGCUUGGCUCUCCAACAACUUGGCAGGGUCGUUGAAGCGUUCAGUCGGGAUGGCGGUCCAAAUAGGUGUCGGAAACCUGGGAGGUGCAAUGGCAUCCAACUUUUAUCGGGCAAAGGAUGCUCCCAGAUAUCGACUCGGUCAUGGUUUGGAACUUGGGUUCAUUGGCGCCGGUAUCGUCGCUUCGCUCAUCCUGCUAGUUGGGUAUAGCACCGCCAACAAGAAGAGGGCAAAGAAGAUGGAGGAUGGGGAUUUGGGUCAUUAUACGCAACAGGAACUGUCUGAGAAGGGCGACAAGGCCAUUACAUUCCGAUAUGUGUAUUAG